AUGGCAUUCCCACCAUCCGCUGGAUUCACUUGGAUCUCUAAGACACACAAUGAUAGCUAUCCUACCAUCACAGCCUCCAAAUGCAAACAGCAAGGACGAGCAGUGUUCGUGACAGGUGCAUCAAAGGGCAUUGGUCGCGCGGUAGCAGUUUCGUUUGCCCAAGCAGGCGCUUCCUCAAUUGCACUCGGCGCACGAUCAUCCCUUGACGCCACUGAGGCGGCGGUGCUCGAUGCCGCACGGACAUCAGGCCAUCCUCCACCAAAAGUCCUGAAACUGGUACUCGACGUUUCGGAUGAACAGAGUGUUGCAGAUGCAGCGGCGGAGGUUGAACGUGAUUUUGGCCGCCUCGAUGUUUUAGUGAACAAUGCCGGUCGCGUCGAGAAAUGGGUCCCCCUCGCGGAAACUGAUCCUAAAGCCUGGUGGGGGACGUGGGAGGUCAAUAUCAAGGGAACAUAUCUUAUGACAAGGGCCAUGUUGCCUCUUCUGUUGAAAGGCGGCGAAAGGACCAUCGUCAAUAUGAACUCGAUCGGUGCCCACUUGACUCGGCCUGGUGCAUCUGCCUAUCAGACUGGGAAAUUAGCGAUGCUGCGCUUGACACAGUUCACUUGUGUUGAAUACGCUGCUCAGGGUAUUUUGGCCUUUGCAAUCCAUCCGGGGGCCGUGGAUACUGAGUUGGCAUCGAAUCUGCCUGAAGACACAAAAGCCAAGUUGGUGGAUUCACCAGAAUUGUGUGCCGACACAAUUGUCUGGUUGACUCAAGAGCGACAACUUUGGCUGGCUGGACGCUAUCUAAGCGCUAACUGGGACAUGGCAGAGUUGAUGUGUCGCAAGGAAGAGAUUAUUCAGGGCGAUAAGCUCAAAGUCAAAUUGGUCUUGUAA